AUGGAGAGUGCAUCAGCCUUAAAUCAUAAUGGUGUCUCUGAAUCGGAGUGGACCAUGAAACAAAGGCUCCUUGAAUUAUUUAAUUUUAUUAUAACUGAAUUCAAUCAACCAACUGUAGGUGGCACCAUAAUCGAAUAUCCCACAGGAAGAAUACAGGAAGUUCACAAGUUCGGGAAUAAUGUCUUCAGGAUUGAGGGUCACCCGGCGCUCAAUGCAAGGUGUAUCUAUACUAGCUUUGAAUAUGUCGGAGACUGGAUGCCAGGAGACAGACCCAUGGGGAUUUUGACGGUGAAGCACACUGAUAGAGUUGGAUUUGAAAAGGAUGUGAAUUACCGUAUAACAAUUUUCAGGGGAAAUGAGUCUCACUCGAAGUGCAAUAAUGGAAUUGAUGGAUCAAGUUAUAAAGGAGAAUAUGGCGUGUGA